AUGAUCGCGGGCGCUGAUGGUGUCGGUGGCGCUGUGGAGGCAGCGAGCUCCCGAGAGGGUGGUCCUGGAGAGGAUGGCUUCGCCCCGUCGGCACUGGGGACCCGAGAGCAUUGGGAUGCUGUGUAUGAAAGAGAACUGCAAACCUUUCAAGAAUAUGGAGAUGCAGGCGAAAUCUGGUUUGGAGAAGAGAGUAUGACUCGAUUAAUAAGGUGGAUGGAAAAACAGAAGAUCCCACUGGAUGCUUCCGUACUUGAUAUUGGAACUGGAAAUGGUGUUUUCCUGGUUGAACUUGCAAAAUUUGGUUUUUCUAAUAUUACUGGAAUCGAUUACUCUCCUUCUGCAAUACAACUUUCUGCAAGUAUUAUAGAGAAAGAAGGCUUAUCCAACAUCCAGUUGAAGGUAGAAGACUUUUUGAGUCUCUCCACAAAGCUGUCUGGAUUCCAUAUUUGUGUUGACAAAGGGACUUUUGAUGCCAUCAGCCUUAGUCCUGACAAUGCAACUGAGAAGAGGAAGCAGUAUGUGAAAUCUCUCUCCAGGGUGUUGAAAGUCAAAGGCUUUUUUCUAAUAACCUCGUGUAAUUGGACCAAGGAAGAGCUGCUGAAUGAAUUCAGUGACGGUGAGCGGUACAAUGAACUUGCGCUGCUGCUUGUACACGGUCACGCGUUCCGAGUUAAGAAACUAGCGCUUUAUUUUCCCCAAAGUGGGACCACACUUGCCCGGCCCCCUUCCCCGGCCGCCUGGCAUGCCACGGAAAACGAUCACGAAAUCAUGUCUAUGAAACACCUCCAAACGCCGCAACCCGGAAGUUGGGUGUGCGACGCCCACAGGGCCCGUGCAGUGGGCGGGAGGGCGGCCCGAGGCCCCCGGCUCCGGCGGGGCCACUUCCCUAGGCCAGGCCCGCAGGCUGCCCUCCCGCCCCGCUUCGGCGGCGCGCCCCACUCCCCGCCCACCGCGGCGGCGCGCACAGCCCCCGCCUGCCUGCCCGCCGCGCGCCUCCCACCGCCGCCCGCAGCAACCCAGCAGCCUCACGCAGUCGUGCUCUGCGGCCCCGCGGCGGCGCGGACAGCCCUCCUGGCCGGUGCAACGGACGACUUGCACACAGUUCAGGAAGUGACAAGUCGAUUUCCUCCUCCCUGGGCGCCGCGUACAAAGCGCUCUGCGCCGGCUGGAGAGCGUGCGCGCUGCGCGGCGGCCACGGAGAGCACCCGGACAACCCGGGAGCGACAGCUUGGGCCUGGCUCCGGAGCUACCACAAACCACCCGCUGGCCGACCGAUGCCCGCCUUACGCGCCGUGA